AUGCCUUGCCAACCACACGCAGACAAACAUAACAUCGGGAGAGCACGUCUGGCAAUUGUGGCGGCGGCUGCGCGCCAUCAGCCUAAUAACGUGCUUGCUUUUCUUGUUUUGUCUGGGGCUGUACUGUGUAUCGCAGACUCGGAGGUGGAGCGGCUUCGCCGGCAGUUCCGAAUUACAGAGGGCGAUCGCAAGACUUACAACGACGGCACCCAGCUUGAGCUGAAGAAGCAGGCGGAUCAAUUGGAGAAGCUGCGCAAGGACAAUGCCUUGCUCACACACGAGCUUGACAUGGCUAUGGCGGCUGAUCGGGAUGCUGACGAUGAGAAGAAGGCGGCCGAUGACUUGACAAACGAGCUCGCCACCCGGAAAGUACGCCCAACUCGCCUUCUAACCACCAAACCGGAAGAGCUUAAUGAAUUGCAACGUACGCUCAAGGAAACAGACCAGGACAUCCAUGAUCGUCGUCGCCAGAUUGGUGGUGCGGCAGGUGUUGAGGCUCAAAAGCGACGCCUGGCCAGCCGUAUCAAAACUCUGGAAAACCGCGUUGAGCAAGGCACUCGCAAAUACAAUGAAAUUCUGACCAGCAAUGCCAAGCUCCGUGAGCAGAUUGACCACCUGAAGCAGGAGCGUCGCGUGUUCGACGGCUUGCACCGUAAGCUCGAGAAGGAGCUCACUCAGCACCGGCGCGACAUUGCGGAGCUUGUGGCGCAAUCACAGCAGGCCUACGACGCCCGCGACGAGGCGCACCACCGCAUGAGCAUGCUGGAGGAGAAGAGUGCCAAGGAACUCAAUCAACAUGAUGCUGAUAUCAAAGCCCUCAAGCGCACUUUGGAGCAUGACCGCAAGCUCAAGAGCUUCAUGGGUGUCAAGGCUCAACCGCGAGGUCAGGAUGAGCUCGCAGCCUCACACAAGCGCAACGCCAACCAAUCAGAUCAGCCCGAGGCAAUGGUGCAGACCUAUGAGGCUGCCUUUAAGCAACUGAAGGAGGCCACGGGCAUUGAGGAGACGAACAAGCUCGUGGAGCGUUUCAUUCAAAUGGAGGACCAAAACUUCUCCCUCUUUAACUAUGUCAACGAGCUCAACAAUGAGUUGGAGAGCCUCACCGAGCAGGUUCAUGAGCUGCAAUCCAGCAUUGACAAGUUUCAACGAGAGAACCGAACAUCGGAUAGCGAGCGCAAAGCAACGCUUCAGGAGCUGGAACAGAAGCUUGAGGCUGUCAAUCAGCAAGCCAAGCACUUUGAGAGCCAACAAUCGGCUUUCACGGACCAAUUUGCGGCGCUCAAGGCCGGCAUCUCAACGAUUUUUGACGGGCCAGUAUGCGAGGGAACCGUGCUUACCGACAUGCUUGGCAAUACCGAGAUCACUGAAUCAAACAUCAUGUCCUUCUUGGGCGCUAUCGAACAGCGCGCCAACGAGCUCCUUCAGCUACGAGCCCUGCUUGACCAGAAGGAGCGAGACAAGUGGGAGGAGCAAGAAGCUGGUCCCAAGCCACAGCCUGGUGGCCUCUUGGGUGCAGGCCCGCUGCCACAAGUCUCACCACUCAACAUCGUCCCUCCUACUUCCCUGGGUGACGGCGAUGCGGAGCUGACCGAUGAGGAGGAGCUCACGCGACCCAUGUCUCAUCACGAACUCAAACGCAAGAUUGCACGAGGUCUGCAAGGGAGCGCAUGAGAGCGCGCGCAGCAUCUACAUAUUUUGAUCAACCUCUGCUGCUGCGAACACCUGUGCCUGUCCCCACAAACGUUUUCGCGACCGCCGACUGUCUGCGAUCCACGCUUCCCUUGUAUAUUUUGCGACAUGUGCAAGACUAAGUUGAACAAAUACAGUUGUCAAUUGCAUUUCGUGAACGCGCUUCACGAGGCGCAUCUUCCGCGCAGCGGAAGGCUGCGGUGACUCAUAUCGUGCACGC